CAUAUAAAGAAGGGUCGGGGCGUAAAAUCAGUCAAACUCUCUUUGGGUUCUGCUACUAACUGCUUGAAGGUGAAGACUAAACAAUGAUGGCGUGGAGAGAAGCAGCUAUCUCUGUGCUGGUAGUGCUGGUUUACGCAGUUCAGACGGGAGCAUGGGACGCUUUAGAUAACUAUGGAGCAGACCCGACCAAAGUGUCCGUCAGUGGGGUGUCAUCAGGGGCCAACAUGGCGGUCCAGCUCCACGUGGCAUACUCAUCUAGCAUCAUGGGUGUUGGUGCAGUGGCAGGAGGACCGUAUUACUGUGCGCAGGGGAGUUCUAAUAAAGCAUUCUAUGGGGAAUGUUCCACAAUCGGGAAUGGUAAUAACAUUGAUGUCCAGGACCUCAUCGAUGACACCGAUGCUUACGCCGCCAACGGCAAGGUGGACGCAACAUCCAAUAUGGCGUCCGCUCGCGUCUAUAUUUUCAGCGGUACUGAAGAUACUAUCGUACCAACCGCCGUUGUUAAAAAGCUCAAGAAUUACUACGACCACUACGUCAACAGUGCCAGUGAUAUUAUGACAAAGUACGACCUACCAGCUGGACACGGAUUUAUCACCACUGACUACACCAAUGCGUGUGACAAUAACUUUGCCUCACCUAACAUCAAUGACUGCAACUACAAUAUGGCCUUUGAAAUCCUGAACCAUAUUUAUGGCGGCAACCUCGUGGACCCGGGUAGUGGCACCACUUUGAACGGGGAGUUGUUAUGGUUCGACCAGAAGCCGUUCUUUCCGUAUUUGUGGAAAAUCAACCCGUUUUAUAUGGGUAUGGCGUAUACAGGUAGGAUCUACGUUCCAUCUGGCUGCUCAUCCUCUAACUCCGGCUGUAAACUUCAUGUUGCUCUCCACGGUUGUGGCCAGUCAACUUACAGCGUAAACGAUCAGUACUACAUGCACACCGGUUACAAUGAAGUGGGUGAACUCAACAAUAUCAUCAUACUCUAUCCUCAAGGCUUUCCUAAUGCGUGGUACUCCAAUCCAUUGGGCUGCUGGGACUGGUGGGGCUACACCAAUUCACAAUAUGCAACCAAUGAAGGGAGAGAAAUGGUCAUCAUAAAGCAGAUGAUCGACCGAAUUCUCGAAUAAUUAUUUUAGACUUGAUCCGUGGUAUCAGUCGGAGGCAAUGAUGAAAGUGACUACAAUUAUAGGCUACAAGCUAAAACAGCAAAUAAAAAGUACUGAUUGAAGUAGUAGACAAUAUAGUUUCAAUCCAAUCACGUGUAUAUCCAUAUUGGUUAAAGGGGAAUAAUACACAAAUUAGGUACGAUUUUCUUUACUUUCUUAUCACAUCAGAUUAAGAAUAAUGUUUUAGAAAAGUUACUCCAUUUAUUCUUAUAAAAAGUUUGUUAAAUUUGUGUAGGAAAGUGAGAUUUUAUGUUUUCUUCCAUUGAGCUGUUAACCAACUGUGCCUGUAGGAAGUCCAGGCUCUGUGGCUCCUUUGUAAACAUUGCGAUGUAACAUGGUUUAAUGGUUUAGUACAUAAAUUAUUUUAAAGGCAGUGGACACUAUUGGUAAUUACUCAAAAUAAUUAUUAGCAUAAAACUUUACUUGGUA